AUGACCCUCAGGGAGGGAGCAACAGGAGUGAUUUUCUUAUCACAAACUGUGGGUGGAGUCCUUGGAAAUUUGUUUCUUCUUCAACGCUAUCUCCUUCUUUAUUUCACUGAACACCGGUUAAAGUCCACAGAUUUAAUUCUCCAUCACUUGAUGGUUGCCAAUUCUUUAUCCCUGCUCUCUAGAGGAGUUCCCCAGACAAUGGCAGCUUUUGGCUUGCAAGAUUUCCACAAUGAUUAUGGAUGUAAAUUUAUGUUCUACCUUUAUAGAGUGGGCAGGGGCAUGUCCAUGAGCAUCACUUGCCUGUUGAGUGGCUUCCAGGCCAUCACCAUCAGCCCCAGAAAGUUCACGUGGGCAAAGCUUAAGGUAAAAGCUCCGACAUAUAUUAGCUCAUGUAUUUUCAUGUGUUGGUCCCUGCAAAUACUGGUAAAUAUAAUUGUUCCUCUACAUGUAACUGCAAAGAGAGGCAAAAAGAACAUGACACAGAAAAAGGACUUGGAAUUCUGUUCUACAAAUCGUGUUGAUGCAAUCACUCAAUCGCUGCAUGUAGUGCUGUUAUUAUUUCCCGAUGUUGUAUGUUUGAGCCUUAUGGUCUACACCAGCAUCUCCAUGCUUUUAAUUUUGUACAGGCACAGGCAGAAGGUACGGUACAUUCACAGAAUGAAUGUCUCCUCAAAAUCCUCCACUGAGUCCAGAGCUACACAAAAGAUUCUGCUUCUUGUGAAUUCUUUUGUGACAUCUUAUACUCUCUCCUCUAUUUUUCAAGUGUGUAUUUCAAAUUCUCCAAAACCUAGUUGGUUGUUGAUGAACUUCAGUGCAUUUAUGUCUCUGUUUUUCCCAGCUUUCUGUCCCUUUUUGCUGAUGAUGCAUGACUUCCAGUGUCCUGGCUCCAUGUCUGUGUAA